UAUGGCAUACAAGCUGUUCGCUUUCGCCGCUCUUGUAGCAUAUGCCAAUGCCCAUGUACAACCAUUUCCCAUUGGCUCAUCAUUAUUGAGCGGUGCACCAAUUUUGAAAUCCGUAGUACACCCCGACCCUAUACUUUCAGCUCGUAACUAUCCCGGAACACUUUUAAACAGUAGAUUUUCUUACUCGGCUCCAAUUGUUCACCAAGGAAUUCACCAUCCUGCUCCAUUAGCCCUGCCAGCUGUUCGUUUUGGACAGCCAAUUGUUGCUAACCCACUGCGAUUGGCCCAUAGCCCAAUUGCCAUUCAAACUCAACCAGCUUUGCAGUAUAGUCAACCUCUUCUCGCUAAAGCAGCUCCGGUGGCUCCAAUUGUAAAAACCAUUGCCCACGAACCAACAACGUCCGAGUAUUCGACGUAUACAGCCACCGCACCAGCCUUCACUGAAACAAGAGUAAUUCCACAACCUGCUGUUGUAUAUUAAAACAAUGUUGUUUUUUUUAAUAAAAUAAUUUAUUUAAAUCAUGUCUUAAAUACCUUUAAAAAGUUAGGGUUGAACUUACGAUAAAUACUACGAGGGAUACUUUUAGUGAAUAAAAAACAAAAUUUGAAAAGCCUCGAAAAUUUAGAGGAAGUUGUGAAUUUUUAAUUUAUCUUAUUGUUCAUGUAAUCAAAUUAUAUCUACGACAUUAGCUGGAUUAUUCAUACAAUUAAUAUUAUAUGCACAUAAAAUUCCAAUA